GACGAAAUGGCAGGCAAGAACAGUACUGGCUAGAGGGGUCGAGGCACCAUGGUUAUGUGUCUAGAGGCAGAACUUUUAGAGGAGGAUUCCUCAAUAGCAGGGGCAUGGAGGAGGAACCUGAAGAGGCUUGGCGCCAGAUCCCUUCUCUACCACCAGGAGAAGGAAUUAUGUGAAAUCCUCCACCAAGUCUUCAGGGAGGAGGGGAAGACCUCAAGGGAUUCUGCCCUGCCAAAGCUCUUCCUGUACCAAUAUUACGGGGCCAUUCUGCAUGCCUCAAAAGAUCAUGCCCUGGUCGAGGAAUCUCUAGACAACCUCCUGCAAUUAUUGCUGACCGAACCUUCAGAUAAGGAAGGCAUUCUUUCUGCCAUCGGGCUUAUUGCGUCUCGCCAUAUGGAGUCUGCCUUCAAUGUCCUGAAGAAAUACGCUUCAGAGGAGGUCCUUUCAUAUAACAUCCAGGAGGAACUGCUGAUCCUGCUUGGAAAGAUUUCAUCAACAGAAAGAUGCGGUAGCUUGAUCUUCGUUCGCCCUUCUAAGGACCUUAAUGAAGAUCACCAGGCAGAUGAAGAUCGCCAGGAAUGA